AUGUUUAGUUAAAAUCUGAGUUUUGGCAUGAUGCUUUAAAGUUCUAUGAACUUGCAGUUGAAAUAUGACAAACGUCUCCCACCUGAUUUUCCACAUACCUCUCACAAAUUAAGGUUAGAAUACUUGCUAACAUGCAAUGAUUUCAAUCAAAAACUAUUCAGAUCAUCAUGCCAUGGGUCUGAAAGUGGUUUGGAUGAGCAAGUGACUUUCAAUGAAAAUGAUAAAACAAAUUUUCUAGCAAGCUAAGAGGCAUAUGAGGAGAUUCACAAACUCAAAGCGCAAGUAGCUGAAAAGGAUGUUUUAAUCAGUUCAAUGGAAAAGCAAAUUUAAAAGAUUCAUUAGCUUGAGAGUAUAUAGUAUAAGUAUGAUCUUUAAACUAAGCGAGUGAGUGAGUUAUAAGCUAAUCUAAGAAGCAGGGAAGAUGAAGUAGACAAACUCAUGAGCUAGGUUAAAAAACUUCAGCUUUUGCAAUAAUAACGAGAACACUCAAGAGAACAGGAGGAAUCUAGUCUUAGUAUAAAUCAACUACACCAACAUAAAACUACUCAUAAUUUAUACAUGAGUCCUAAUCAACCUUCAACUCCAUAAAAUAAAAUUGUGCUUACUCAAAUGGCUUAAAGAGCGAUUUCAACUGCGAGAGGUUCAGUUUAGCAUGCCUCUAAAUGUAUCGAUAUGCCACUGAAGAGAACCUCCAUUAGUACAAUCAUGCUGAACAGUCAUCGUGGGUCUUGUGACACUUAGGAUCAGUAUCUCUCAAAUGAGCAGAUUAUUGGGGUUUCAAGCUAUAAUAACAAUAACAUCAAUGUCGUUAAUACAAGCUAAAUUAGUUUAAGUUAGCAUCAUCAGAAUUUAGGCAAUAGCUUUAAUGGUCUUUCACCAGAGCAUAUGAUGAUGAGAUGUAAGACUCAGGCUGAAAUGAUUGAGCAGUUGAUUAAAGAUAAAGAAAAACUUUAGACAGGAAAUCCAUCUAAAUUAGAUCAUAACAAAUAGAAUGACUAAGAAUUACAAUCUAUUGAAAAGAGUCUAAGAAAUCUUUAUUAAGUCUUCUGCCCAUAAUAAAGGUACGAGUGUAGUAGUGCAAAGAUAAUCGAAAGAAUUAGAGAAGAGAUGGAUUAAAUGAGAUCAAAGUUAAAUAAGGCAAAUAUCUAUUAAUCCCGAUUUUCUUCCAUCCUUGAUAAAGAUAUAAUGAAAUCUGUCCUUGAACAUGAUUAAAGUAUCUAACUACUCAUUACUGGUUCACCAAGAGAUCGAAGAGAAGAUUAAAAAUAGCAAGCGAGUAAAUUAGUGAAUCUUGAAAAGUAGAUAUCCUAGCUGUAGGUUGAUUUAAACAAUGAAAAACUGAAGUCAUAGUAGUUUAAAACAGCAUUUCACUAAAUUGAGUCAAUUUUCAGAUAAGAAUCUCAAGAAGAAAUGGAACCAGAGUGCAGUGAUUAACUCAUUUUAAAAGAAAUAAAAGAUCUCAAUUAAAAGUACAUUGUUCAGUAUGUUGAAGUAAGUAAAUAAAAUGACCUGCUGAAGUAAUAGAUUGAAAUUCUUAACCAAUAGUACUAAUAAAUUCAAGAAUAAUUAAAGUAACAAGCAUUGUAGCCAAUUUAAUAGCUAUAAAGUACUUAACACAGUUUCCCAAAUAAUGCCAAAAUAAAUUAAUUUAAAAGAAAUACUGCAAUCAAGAAGGUUCAAGGAUUCUUCUAAAAUUAGAUGUCAACUGGACAUAAUUUAAAUCAAUAAUAGCUUGCUUCAGGAGGACCAUCUACUGUUUCUUUAGCUUAUAGCGACAGUACAUGUUCAUCUCACGAUAUACUUUAUAAGUCACAAAAAUAAUCAAUGGCAUAGCUUCAUAAAAUCGAUGAAACUAGUGAAUUUAACUUAAAAAAAUUGAAUGAAUAGGUAAAUAUUUUGGAAAAGGAGAAAUAGCUGCUAAAUUUGGAAUUGAAAUCAAUAAAAGAUAAACAUGAGAAAGAGAUAUCUGAGUUAAAUGUUUUUAAAGAUCUUUAUGAUGAAGAGAAAUAAUUGCUGUAAAAGACAUUACUAGAAUAAGAUGAAUUAAGGAAAAAGUUGCAAGAUCUUUAAGAGUAGUUCAAUAAAAUUAAGAAAAAUGAGGAAAAAGUUAUCGAUGAUUACAAUUAGCUAGUACAGAAGUAUGAAAGCUAAAAGGGUUAACUUAAUGCUCUGCAAUAAUCAUGCCAAGAACUUAAGAAUCUUAUUGAAGAGGAAAGAUAGACUUACAAUGAUGAUAGGGAGCGAUAUGAAGAAGAUUUGAAGAGAGAAAAAUAAUUGACUGAGGCUAAAUAAAAGAUUCUCAAGACAAAACUAAUCCCUCUAUAUGAAGGUUCAGUUGAAUAAACAAAAUAAUUAACAAUAGAAGAUUUGAUUGAUCAUUUGGCAAUGAGAAUCGCAUAAUCAAAUGCCUAAAACAAUUAAGUACAUGGGAGAAGAGUCACAUCAUUAUAAGCAAGACCUUCCUAGGAAACUAUAGAAGCUUCUCAUUAUCCUGGCACAACUAAUAGUGAUUAUGAUUCUAAUGGUCCUCAAGAUUAGAAAAUAGUUACAAGUCACCAACUUCAUCGCAGAUAUUCAUGCCUAAAGCCUUAAAAAGUUAAUUGUUCUAAAGAGGAACCGAUGCUUAUAAACUAAAAUAGUUCUAAUUCUAGAGAGUAGUAUUUCUAAUUGAUGGCAACUAAUAAUAAUUCAAAGGAUUCCCUUCUCAAAACUAGUUUAUUUGGGGUUUAGGAUCCGUUGUAAAUGACUAAGAUAAUUGAGUUAAAUCAAGUUACAAAUCCAAUGACUUAAAAUUCUCAAAUUCAAGGUAAUCAGAGCGACUAGCCAGAAGACUUUAUUAAAUCUAACAUUUCCCCUAUAAAAAAGAAUAAAACUAUAAAUGAUAUUGAAGGCACUUCAAUGGAUUAGCAUAUGGAUUAAAAAGAAAACAGAAUUAUUUCAGUGGAUCAUUUAAGAAUGGCCAGAGAUCAGCGAAGGGUCCUUUAAUCUCAAAAUUUGAACUCCUUUUCAAGUCAGCAUAAUCAGCAAAGCAUGACUAAUUCCUAGUAAAACCACUAAUUAAUUUCACAGUAGAAUAUUUCAAUGAAAUCAUAAUAGGCUCUUUAAGGAUCUUUCUUGAGGAAUAAUUCUAAUCAUCAAAGCAUCAUAUUCCCAAUAAAACAGCUGCCUACAUCAAAUUAAGUAAAAGAGAUGUAACCCUCAUAUUUAUACAAUAAUGCGAUAAAUAAGAGGAAACCAUUACAUCUUCAGAGUCAGCAGCAAUAUGACAUGCCAUUAUAAAUAAAACCAAUUAAUUCUCCACAAGUCUCGUUAACUAGUCAUUUGCAGCCAGUUCAAUAGAAGGAAUUCGUACUUUCACCUAGUACUACUUCUCUCCACUCCACCUUAGUCAAUAAAAGCUAGUUAAACAAAAAUGAGAACCUAAACUCAAUAAUUGAAAGUUUUAGAAGAGAAAAGAAUGUAUUCAAUCAAAAAUUCCUAGAACUGAAGUAAAAGCUUGAGACAUUUAACAACUCACCUCAAAGGCAAUCAAGAGACUAGAGCUCACUUCCAAAAACCAAUACGAUUACUGCAAAUACUUUGGCCUCUGCUUAAUAGAUUGAAAGAUAAAUGACAAUGAGAGCAACUUCUAACAGAGACUAUGUUCCAAAGCAUAGCGAAUAUGGAUUAAGAUUAUAUGAAACAUGCUCAAGCCUUCCAUCUCAACAAACCUCACAUUAGCAAUUAUAAUCAGCAUAAGAAAUGUAUUAAACCACACCAGUAAGACAUAAGCAAAUUAAGAGUGGCUAUGAGUGA